AUGCCCGACGGCGCCGAGACGUCGGCCAAGGUCCUGCUGCUGCGAUGGAGCGAAAUGCCGCGGCACCUUCAAUUUAAUCCCCACAUCCUCACCGGCUACAGACCGCUCAUGACCAUCCGCCAGUGCCUCGGUAGCCUUUUCUACAUCCACAAUGAGACCGUCAACAUCCUGACGCAUGGAUUUGCUAUCCUGUACAUGUUGGUGACUGUACCACAUCUACUUCCAUGGAAUACAAAAGGGACACUCGUGGGAGUUCUUUCCUGGUGCCAUUUUAUCGGUGCUGUUAGUCCGUGGAUUGGAUCCUUCCUAUAUCAUCUCUUCAUGAACGUAAACUACGACGAAGUUCUCUACAGAACACUGCUGAAAGUCGACAUGAUUGGCAUUUGGCUGUGCCAGAGUUUCGGAGCUAUACCGAUGAUGGCAGCCGCUGUUCAUUGCCUUGCGGAUAAUGUCUGGUAUUGCUGCAUUUUUAUUUAUUGCUCUCUUAGUGUAUGGGGACUUUUAAAGGCAAUGACUGCUAAAUCACCCUGGGAAAGGCGUUUAUGUUUUGCCCCUCCUUUCCUAAUGAGAAUGUUGAUCAUGAUGUUGAGAUGUUUCGGUAUUGGUGGCGGAUCACCCGAGGCUCUUAUUCAUAUAAUAUUACAGGAUCUCAUAGCUGUGAUAGGUGCAACCAUUGGCGCUCUUCGCAUUCCAGAGAAAUGGAUUCCCGGCCGAUUGGAUUUAGUGCUGAAUUCCCAUAAUGUGAUGCAUGUAAUGGUCGUCCUAGCGGUAUGUUCUAUGCAUGCCGCAACCUUAAAGGAUCUCGCUUGGAUGUCCGAUCCGUCUACGUGCAAUAAAACAAGUUCUCUUCCUUCGGAUCGCGAAGAAUUGUGAUUGAAUCAUGAAGAACGCGACGGCUUGCUGCAGAAUAUAUUACACAGAG